AUGGUUAGUAGAGAUAAACUUCCAAAAGUAGCUGGUGUUGAACGAGAAGCUAAAUAUGGUUAUGUCUUCGGAGUUUCGGGUCCAGUCGUUAUAGCUAACCAUAUGGCUGGUUCGGCAAUUAAUGAAUUGGUUCGUGUUGGUCAUGAAGAAUUAGUCGGCGAAAUUAUUCGUUUAGAAAAUGAUUUGGCAACAAUUCAAGUUUAUGAAGAAACAUCUGGUGUUACGGUUGGUGAUCCAGUUUUAAGAACAGGCAAACCAUUAUCAGUUGAACUUGGUCCUGGCAUUAUGACUAGUAUUUUCGACGGUAUUCAACGACCUCUUGAAGUUAUUUAUGAGCAUACGCAGAGUAUUUACAUUCCACGUGGUAUCAAUGUACCUGCAUUAAGUCGUUCAACAUCAUGGAAUUUUGCACCAGACAAUCGUAUCCGAGUUGGUAGUCAUAUAACCGGUGGUGAUAUAUUUGGCACAGUACCAGAGAAUAAAAUGAUUAAACAUCGAAUAAUGCUACAUCCAAAAUCCAAAGGAACAAUAACAUAUAUUGCACCGGAAGGCAAUUAUACACUUGAGGAUGUUGUUCUUGAAACAGAAUUUGAUGGAGAAAAAACUAAACAUACAAUGCUUCAAAUAUGGCCUGUUCGACAGAUGCGACCAGUAGUUGAAAAACUUGCAGCUAAUCAUCCAUUAUUAACUGGUCAACGUGUAUUAGAUGCAUUAUUUCCAUGUGUACAAGGUGGUACAACAGCUAUUCCAGGUGCCUUUGGCUGUGGAAAAACUGUUAUCUCACAAUCACUUUCGAAAUUUUCUAAUAGUGAUGCUAUUGUUUAUGUUGGUUGUGGUGAACGUGGAAAUGAAAUGGCUGAAGUAUUGCGUGAUUUUCCUCAAUUAAAAAUGGAAGUAGAAGGUAAAGAAGUAUCAAUUAUGGAACGAACAACUUUAGUUGCAAACACAUCGAAUAUGCCUGUUGCUGCUCGUGAAGCUUCGAUUUAUACAGGUAUUACAUUAUCAGAAUAUUUUCGUGAUAUGGGUUAUAAUGUUGCUAUGAUGGCUGAUUCAACAUCACGUUGGGCUGAAGCUUUACGUGAAAUUUCUGGUCGUUUAGCUGAAAUGCCUGCUGAUUCGGGUUAUCCGGCUUAUUUAGGUACUCGUUUAGCUUCAUUUUAUGAACGUGCUGGUCGUGUUCGAUGUUUGGGUAAUCCAGAACGUGAAGGUUCUGUAAGCAUUGUCGGAGCCGUUUCUCCACCUGGUGGUGAUUUUGCUGAUCCAGUUACAUCAGCAACAUUAAGUAUUGUACAAGUAUUUUGGGGUUUAGAUAAAAAAUUAGCACAACGAAAACAUUUUCCGUCGGUUAACUGGCUUAUUUCAUAUAGUAAAUAUACACGUGCUCUUGAUGAUUAUUAUGAUAAAAAUUAUCCAGAAUUUGUACCAUUACGUGCUAAAUGUAAAGAAAUUUUACAAGAAGAAGAAGAUCUUUCUGAUAUAGUACAACUUGUUGGUAAAGCAUCAUUAGCUGAAACAGAUAAAAUAACACUUGAAGUAGCACGUAUGAUAAAAGAUGAUUUUCUUCAACAAAAUGGUUAUUCAUCAUAUGAUAAAUAUUGUCCAUUUUAUAAAUGUGUUGCAAUGCUUCGUAAUAUGAUUGCAUUUUAUGAUUUAGCACGACAUGCUGUUGAAACAACAGCUCAAUCAGAAAAGAAAAUAACAUGGAAUGAUAUACGAACAAAUCUAGGAGAUACUAUUCAUCAAUUAAGUAGUAUGAAAUUUAAGGAUCCAACAAAAGAUAGUGAAGAAAAAAUAAAACGUGAUCUUGAAGAGCUCAAUGAACGUAUGCAAACAGCAUUUCGAGAUAUGGAAGAAAGUUAA